AUGCCGAAAUUGUAUAAAUUGGAGAAGAUCCUGAGUGAAGUCAACCCUGUCACCUCCGAUGGAGAAGAGAUAGCAGAGCCGAUUUCUUCUGGUGAGGAGGAGGAGGACGAAGAAGAGGAGGAGGACACUGUGCCGCCACCACUAAAGAGAGGCCGGCUGGAGGAGCACACUGGGGCAGAACAGAAGGCCAAAGAUGGCACAGUUUGGCGUGAGCAACAGCUGGGGAGGCCUCUCCUUCACAGGCCCAUUGAAGGUUACCCCGCGGACGGGCAGCCGGCUGUUCCCGUGCUUCGAGGAGUGACGACCCGUUUACAGAGUUUCCUCUGUUUUAUCACUCUGGACAUGCUCCGCUCCAUUCAGCAGUGGACCAUUCAGCACGGACAGGGCGCACAGGAGAGCUGGUUUGUGUCUGUCCAUGAGCUGAUGGCGUUCAUUGCCAUCGUCUUCUUGCGGGGCGUUACCAAGCGUCAAACGCUGCAAGACUCUUGGUCUGAAAAACUGGGAAACCCUCUGAUCAUGAAGAUUAUGGCCCGACACCGUUUCCAGGACAUCAUGAGACACCUGCGCUUCGAUGACAAGGAGACACGCGCUGAACGAGUUGAGACUGACAAGUUUGCCGCAAUCUCCAAUGUUUGGAGUUCCUUUGUUGCAAACUGCAUUUCGUCGUACAAUCCAGGCAGACACAUCGCCAUAGACGAACAGCUGUUCCCAACAAAGACCCGCUGCUGUUUCUUGCAGAACAGUGCGACGAAACCAGACAAGUUUGGGAUGAAGUUCUGGGUGGCAUGUGACAUGCAGACGAAAUAUGUUUGCAACAUGAUCCCCUGUCUUGGGAAAGACCCCAGCCGGGCCACGGGAGUGAGGGUGGGAGAAGACGCGGCGAUGAAGCUGAUGCAGCCGUUUCUGGACAAAGGCAGAACGGUGAUAACAAAGGAUUUCUUCAUGUCUCUGGGACUCGCCGAACAACUCCUCCAACAGAAGACCACCGUCCUUGGCGAAAUGAAUAAGGUUCGCCGGGAGCUGCCCGGAUCAGCCAAGCAGACUUUGGGCCGUCAGCAAUACAGCACCCAGGUGUUUUCUACAUCUGGAGCAGCACUGACAGUGUACGCCCCAAAGCCUAAGAAGAUCGUGUGCAUCCUCAGCAGCAUGCAUGGCGUUGUGGAGACUACCGACACAGGGAAGAAGAAGCCAAAUACAGUGACAGACUACAACACCAUGAAACGCGGAGUCGAUGUGAUGGACCAGAUGGUGCGGGAAUACACGGUGCGCACAGCGACACAGCGCUGGCCUGUCGCUGUGUUUUACAACAUGCUGGACAUCGCAGCGCUGAAUGCUCACAUCCUGUACCAGGCAUGCACUGGCGUGGAGGAGAGACGGGUCGACUUCCUGGUGGAGCUGGCACAGGAGCUGGCACACUCCCAUGUGGGAGCCCAGAAGGCCAGCGUGAAGACCCGCCUAUGGCAGCAACCCGCCGCACCAGAACCUGGGAAGCGUGCGAAGUGCCAGGUCAAAAGGCAGUGCAACCGCAAUCAUGCCACGAUGCGCUGCGCCGACUGCUACAAGUACACUUGUGGCAGGUGCAGGAAGGAGGCGGUUUGGAAGUGCCACGACUGUGCAGCAUAG